AUGUUCUCCAGCUUGCUCUUCAUCUCGACCCGGAUCUUCCAGAUCAUCACCCUCAUUCCCACUCUGGGCAUGCUCGCCUGGUUCGUCCACGGCUACGUCUCCCAGAAUGCUCUCACCCCGGAUUUCAUCCUGAUCCUGUUCAUCGCAUCCGUGCUCGGUGCAGCAUGGUGCAUUGCGACGCUGGUCGCUUACGCGCGCGCUCGUUACUCGGCCCUCUUCGUCGCUCUGGUUGACCUGGGUUUCCUCGGCCUCUUCAUCGCUGCCGUCUACGAGCUGCGCGGAAUCGCCAGCGCCAAUUGCAACAACUUCAGCAGGGACCCUUACUACAUCACCCUCGGAGUCGUCGGCGGUCCUGGCCUCACCAUCAACACCGAAUGGUCGUUCCACCCGAACAAGGAAUGCUCAAUGCUCAAGGCCUGCUUCGCCUUUGGCAUCAUGAACUGCAUCUUCUUCUUCACCUCCUUCCUCCUCGCUCUUUUGGUGCACCGCCACCACCGUGACCACGACGUCGUUGUGAAGCGCACCACGCACGUUUCUCGUCACAGCCACCGUCCCAGGAGCCGCGACUACGGCUACUCGAGCAGCCCGCGCCGCUCUCACCACAGCUCCCGCAGAUACUACGUCUGA